AUGCAUCACUCUUCACCCGCACCAGGAUCACAGAUGAUGUAUCCCUACAACGGUCUUCCACAGCAAGGACAACAACAGCAGGCGCAACCUAUGCAACACAUGUCGAGACCUUCACCACCUCAACCCACGUGGGCUGUACCACAGACCCACAAUCCGUAUUAUCAGAUGCCAAGGAGUCAGGCUAUGAGCAGCAGAGAGGACGCUAGACAUAUGCUUGGGAGGUCGGAUAUUGUCACUGCUCAAUCACCUGUAUCCAGUAACACCCCGUUCACCAACAGUAUGCAUGGCUCGAACCAUCUUGCAACCACAGACUACUUCCCAGGUGUGAUUGACACGAGUCCAUGGGGCCAGAAAGUAUGCGAAGAACUAGAAUCUUUUCCCUCCCUGGAUCCAGAGGUCGGCGAUUACAAUCAUGGUUUGAUAGCACACGACGAAAACACACCCAUCAUCGACCUGCGACAGUACCCAGGGAUGGGACAUCAAGAACAUGAAGGUCAAAACACGUUCAAUCCCCAUUCUUCUCGUCGAUUAUCCGAAUCUUCCUUUUCUAUGUCAAGUACUGGAGGUGUCCUCCCAGAAGUAUCGACCUACGACGACAUAGGGACAUCUGAGGUGGUUUCAUACACGCCGGAGUACGACGCUUGGAACAAUCAAGAGCCAAUGACCAGCCAGCUUCUUUCUCCGCUCGCCUCGCCCCGUCGGCCUCAGCCUCAGCACGAGCAUAUUGCACGAGGUGGUAGUCGAUCUCGAGCCUCACCAGCACCGCACAACAAUGUUCGUUCGUCGCCCUAUACCCUGGACAGCACUCGCAUGAAGAGAUGGUCGACUGGCCAGGCCCCGACCUCAACCCCAGCGAGAAGCGCUUUGUCCCAUGUACCGGAUCGAUUCGCCCCAUACGGACCGCGCUACAACCCCCAUCAUUCCAUGCCAGUCUAUCCGUCACCAGCGUACAACAGUUACGGACAGGCCACGCCAAAUUCCAUUUACGCACAAACCCCGCCUUUGUACUCGAGCAACCAUACGCUAUUCUCAAACCACGAGCAAAGCCACCAUCUUGAGGUACCUCGUCCAUUGCCGUCGCAAGGUCUUUUCCGCUUGUUGCAAAGUAACGCAGAUCGCCAUGGAGGAUGCUCAUCGCACUUUGCAGACUUAUCAGACCCUCCGGACCUGUAUUCUUCGCUGCAUGAAGAGCCAUCUAACCCACCAGAAUCCGACAUGAACUCUACGGAUCCCGACCUCGUCCCACACGAGCAAGACUUGCGCUUCACCGGUGACCUUUAUACACCACGUUGGGUUCGCGGGCAUGGCAACAAGCGCGAGGGUUGGUGUGGACUAUGCAAGCCCGGACGUUGGCUAGUAUUGAAGAACAGUGCCUUCUGGUACGACAAGUCGUUUACGCAUGGUGUUAGUGCUGCUACUGGGGCCGCAUUCCAGGGCCCGCAAGACACACGCCGGACCGAAGGCAACCUCGAUGUCUGGGAAGGACUUUGUGGAAGCUGCGGUGAAUGGAUAGCACUGGUCAGCAGCAAGAAGAAAGGCACGACGUGGUUCAGACACGCAUACAAGUGCCAUACACAUCCCAAAGUUAAGGACGGACCUAAAAGACGUCGUGAAACGCAAGCUGGGCGAGUGCGCGCAGCAUCCUCUGCAUCCGCCAAUUCGUCCUCAUACCAGAUCAAGCAAGAAGACACAGUCGUUCACCGGCAUUCCACACCUACACCGAUCACGGGCAGUGCAUCUCUGCAAAGCUUCGGCAUGCCGACGGCUUCGUCGUCGCUUCCCUUGCCGACCUCGACCCCCACAUCAACACCGCAACUGAAUAACGCCUCCAACUUUGCAAGUAAUACAGCAUACCCAACUCCAAAUCCAGGGACGCCAAACAUGCAUUCUCACCGUACCCCAACACAAGCCUCGUUUCCCGACUACCGUGAGCCACCAUCAACACAGCAAGAACCUGUCAUCGGCAUGUUUACAACGCCUCUCCAAAGUCUGCAGGGUUUCUCGGGCAAUCCCCAAUCGUACUCGCGAGUUCUUGCACAUCAAGUCAGUGAACCAGAACUGGUUGGCAUACGGACGACGACAACCACACUCAAUUCCAUCGCCAGCAUGAUAUGA